GUUAUUGGGUUACCCUUAAAAAAAAAAGGACUAGUAGCAAAUUUGGAGGUGACCGGAAGGACCAUUGGUGGGUGUUUAAACUCGGGAGAAAGGGGCUGAAAUUCAAAAAGGAUUCCAGCUGAUUAACACCCCUUUGCCAAAAAACAAGAGUGAUGGAGGUUGAGACGGAGAGGACGAAACCCGUUGCUGUAUUCAUGGCUUUCGGUACCAAAGGCGAUGUCUAUCCAAUUGCUGCCAUUGCGGCGGCCUUUGCUUCCGACCAGAGACAGUACCAAGUUGUUCUUAUCACACAUUCAGCUCACGAGAGCUUACGUUGUCACUUGGCUGAGAAGCAUGUUUCCUAUCUUCCAAUUUCAUCACCACCUGUUCUCUCUAUCCAUCAGAAACAUGAUACUACAGGCUCUGUAGAGUUGCCUCUUUCACUGCAGAAAAAGUUAUUUUCUGGAGAACAUAGAAAAGAAUGUCUUUCGGUAGUUGAAACGAUAUUUGGAUCAGGCCCAAGCAUGGAUGGUGAUUUCAUUGUGAUAAAUUUCUUUGCUCUGGAAGGCUGGAGUCUUGCGGAGCUUUUCCGUGUCCGCUGCAUGGUUGCUGCUCCUUAUGUUGUUCCGUACAGUGCACCUUCAUCAUUUGAGCGCCAGUUUAAAAAGGAAUAUCAACACUUGUAUAGAUACCUGCAUGAACCUAACCUCAGGAAGGUUGGUUGGAAAGACGUGAUCCACUGGAUGUGGCCUCUUUUCACUGAACACUGGGGAUCCUGGAGAUGUGACCAUUUGAAUCUGAGUGCUUUCCCUUUUACAGAUCCAGUAACGGGUCUCCCCACUUGGCAUGAUAGGCCACUGUCUCCCCGACUUUUGUAUGGUUUUAGCAAAGAAGUUGUUGAGUGCCCAGAUUACUGGCCAUCGAGCAUUCGGGUUUGUGGCUUUUGGUUUCUGCCUAAUGAAUGGCAAUUUUCAUGUAAGAAGUGCAGUGAAAUUUCAAGGCUUGUUUCUUCAGGGGAUCUGUACACAAAUGUUGAAAUGUGCCCAACUCAUGUUCACUUGCAAUAUUUUCUGAAGACUCCUACGCCUAUGCCACCUGUUUUUAUUGGCCUGAAUUCUAUUGGUAGCAUGGGAUUUUUGAAGAAUCCUCAAGCAUUUCUUCGUAUUCUUGAAUCUGUCCUCAAGAUAACAACUUAUCGUUUUAUCCUUUUUACUGCUGGCUACAAGCCUUUAGAUGCAGCAAUCCGAGCUAUUGCUGCUGAUUCAUCAUCGCACAUGACCCACAAACAGAUUAAUGACGAUUGCGUUUCUCUCUUCCACGAACGAUUGUUCUGCUUUUCUGGUUCUAUACCAUACAUGUGGCUGUUUUCUGGAUGUGCGGCUGCAAUUCAUCAUGGGGGAAGUGGAACUACUGCUGCAGCACUACUUGCAGGAAUCCCACAGGUACUAUGUCCAUUUAUGCUAGACCAGUUUUAUUGGGCAGAAAGAAUGUUUUGGCUUGGAGUGGCAUCAGAACCGUUGAAAAGGAGCCACUUGCUUCCUGAAGAAAGUGAUGACGAAACUAUCGAAGAAGCAGCCAAGAUGCUAUCAAGAGUCAUACAUGAUACAUUAUCUCCUGAAAUUAGAGAACGCGCUGUAGAAAUUUCUGAGAGAAUAUCUCUUGAGGACGGAGUCUCAAAUGCUGUUAGGUAUAUCAAGGAAGAGAUUGGUUGUUCAAGCUGAGUGUGACAUAUUUUUUCAACAGUGCUCUUUUACUUGUGGCCAAUCUUGCUUUUAAAGCUAUUACAAAGAUGACUGUAUUCGGUCACUUUUAACAUACUUUUGCUAUUUGCUCGAAUUAACCCUGCUUUCAAGUAAGAAAGAAAUUCUGUGAUGUGUGUUUGUGUUGUGUUUGAAAUUGCCACCAGAGUUUUGAAACGCCUAAAAGAUGUCUUACUUUCAUGUUCA